CUCUUGUGGAUGACAGCAGGGAGCAGUGCUGGAGAUGCUGUAGCUCACACAACCGCUAGAAGACAAACGCCGUGGUCCUCCCACCUCCCCAACGCUCCUGAGUGCUGCCCAAGAAACAGGAACUAUUUUUAAUAAACCGAUGAAUGGGACUUUGCCCCGCACUGGAUCCCGAGCCCGGCUCUGCGUGGAGAAGUGGGGCGCAUAAGCGGACAAAGGGACAGUAUUUUCUUUCAGUGAGACCAGAGGUGGAAAAGACGCAGCAAUGACAGAGCAGCAGUCGUGCGCAGCGGCAAAAUAGACCAACUAUUGUGGGCACGGAAGAUUGAUAACACAACUGGGCGAGCAACGAGAGCGGCAGAUGUAAUUUCCAAACGUUGCAGCUGGUUUGGUGCCAGUGGUGUGCUGGAUGGGUUAUUAUUGCGUCCUUCUUUUCAUCAUUCACUGCUUCCAGCGUUUCCACAUUACUUGGGGAUCUCGGACGGCUGUCUGUGAGGGAGUAUUGCUGCAGAGACAAGCGGGGAAUGCCAUGUGUCGUUGCGCGACAUAGAAGCUCUUUGUGGGCUGUUUUGCACCGGGGACAGGUGGUGCCGUGUGUGUGUGUGUAUGUGUGUGUGGGGGGGCACGGACACACAACCCCUGAGACAGUUGUCUUAGGGAUGUCAGGCCGGCGUACGGGAUCAGUUUUUGCCAGAGACAGGUGCGACAGGGAGGAGUAGUUUACAAAGCCCUACACAGGAUCUGGUAACGCACUAACGAGCCUCCUCUCUCCUCUGAUCACUCGGAUUUUUUUGUAUCCAGCGGGACUCACAAUCGACUCACACUGCCAUUACUCGGCGGCACCUUUCCCCCGAUAAUCAAAGACUCCGCCGUUGUGUUGCCAUGGCGACCGUGGCCCCUCCCUUCUUCCUGCUGUGUUGGCUGCUCCAAGUGGCGAGCUCGGCGUUCCCAGAGGAACCGGGGCCCAUCAACGUCAUCCCCACCGAAGUGGUGAGAAAACACCCAGUGUUUCUGGGCCGACCCCACCGAACAUGGCUGAGACAAGAGCCUCUACACAUCCAGAGGGUCCUCCAAGUCAAUCGGACGCUCUACAUUGGAGCCAGGGAUGACCUUUUCCGCGUGGAGCUGGACAUCGUUGCAGGAGACGAGAUGUUCUACAGCAAGAAAAGGACGUGGGAGUCGAACAAGAAUGACAUCAGGAUCUGCAGGAUGAAGGGGAAACAUGAGGACGAAUGCCGUAACUUCAUGAAGGUGCUGCUCAGCAGAGAGGGAGGCCUGUUUGUGUGUGGGACCAACGCCUUCAACCCGCUCUGUGCCAACUACACUGGAGACACUCUCGAGAUGGUAGGAGACACAGUUAGUGGUAUGGCGAGGUGCCCCUAUGACCCCAAACACGCGAAUGUAGCUCGGUUUGCAGAGGGGAAUCUGUUCACAGCUACUGUGACAGACUUCCUGGCUAUUGAUGCGGUGAUCUACCGUAGCCUUGGGGACAGUCCCGCUCUGCGCACCGUCAAGCACGACUCCAAGUGGUUCAGAGAGCCCUAUUUUGUCAGCGCUGUGGAGUGGGGACCUCACAUCUACUUCUUCUUCAGGGAGAUAGCCAUGGAGUUCAAUUACCUGGAGAAGGUGGUGGUGUCACGUGUGGCUCGGGUGUGCAAACGUGAUCUGGGUGGGUCGCAGCGCGUCCUGGAGAAGCAGUGGACGUCGUUCCUGAAGGCCCGUCUGAACUGCUCCGUCCCUGGUGAUUCCCACUUCUACUUUAACUUGCUCCACUCCACCAGCCCCAUCAUCAAGAUGCACGGCAGGGACAUAAUCCUGGGAGUGUUCUCCACACCAGCGAACAGCAUCCCGGGUUCCGCGGUGUGUGCCUUCGACAUGGAGCAGCUGGCUGCUGUAUUUGAAGGGAGGUUCAAGGAGCAGAAAUCACCGGAGUCUAUUUGGACGCCUGUUCCAGAUGAAGUCAUCCCAAAGCCAAGGCCCGGUGGCUGCGCCGUUCAAGGUUCCAGGUUUAAUUCUUCAAACGCGUUCCCUGAUGAGAUGCUCAACUUCAUCAAGACCCACCCUCUGAUGGAUGAGGCCGUCCCAUCACUCGGACAAAGACCCUGGAUUGUCAGGACCAUGGUCAGGUACCAGCUGAAUAAGAUUGUGGUGGAUACAGAGGCCGGGCCGUAUAGAAACCGGACCAUCCUGUUCCUCGGGUCGAGCAGGGGGACCAUCCUCAAGUUCCUCAUCAUGCCCAACCAGGACAACACCGUCACCAGCAAUAACAUCUUCCUGGAGGAAAUGGAGGGAUUCAACCCUGAUAAGUGUGCUGAAGACUCUCCACAGGCCAGGCAGCUGUUGUCUCUGACUCUGGACCGGGUGAGCCACACUCUUCUCCUCGCCUUCCCCUCCUGUGUGGUCCGAGUACCAGUGGCACGAUGCCAGCUCUACUCCCGAUGCAUGAAGAACUGUAUCGCCUCCAGGGAUCCGUACUGUGGUUGGACCAGAGGAAGCACCUGCUCAUUCCUCAGACCUGGAACCAGACUGCCGUUCGAGCAAGAUGUUGAACAGGGAAACGUGGCCCACUUGGGUGACUGUGACGGAAUGCUGCUCCAAGAGAGUUUCAUCGAGGAGCCUGAUGGUCUGGUGUCUGUAAACCUGCUGGUGGUGUCUGCUGUUUCAGCCUUCGCAACAGGAGCCGUCCUCUCUGGCCUCACCGUGUGCUGGAUCAUGAGUCAUCGCCACCGCCACUCCAGAGGCUCUGGAGCCAACGGCGCCCGCCGCAAAAGUGACAAAGAGCAGAGCAUGCUGGGGCAGGGCCGCAGCGGGUCAGUAAUGAGUGUAACAAGAACCAGCGGUGGUGAGAGGCGUCGUUCACAGGCGGACAACCCCUUCGUCACGCCCAACGGCUGGCCUAAAGGAGAAAUGGACCCAGGAUUGCUGCCUACCCCGGAGCAGACACCGCUGCAGCAGAAACGGGCCAUGCGUCUCCCAGACACUGACUGGGACCAGAGCCAGACCUUCCUCACUGCCGUAGGGACUCCCUGCCCCAACAACUCUGUCAUCUACCUGAGUUCCAAGUUCCUGCAUGGCGGUGGAGGGGGUGGGGGGAUGGUGCGGAUAGAGGACCCAGGGGAGGUCGUGCUGCCCCCACACACAGAGCGCCAGCGCUACCUGAUCCUAGCCACCCAGAGAGGGGAGCACGGUGGCAGUCGUCCCAGCGGCACCAUGAGGAACUCAGCGGGAGAAUACAUCUACCCCGCCACGCCGCAGGACUCCCCCGAUCGACGGAGGGUGGUGUCUGCUCCCACUCCCCACAUGGACUAUGGGGAGCCUCGCUGGAGUCACGAGGCACUCAACUACAACAGCAACAAUGGAGUGCCAUAUCACCCCCAGCGCCAGGGCCUCAUCAGGCCUGAUAUGCAUGGGCCCCGAGGGCUAGGAGAACUGGCUGACUUCAGCCAUCUUCUAGGGAAGAACAUGGGAGAGCGCACCCCCAGUGGCCAGUGAGGCGAAGUACGUGAACCCUGGCACCAAGCUCUCUCUGAACACCCAUUCCCUCCAACAGCAGACUGGAAUAAAUCAACCCCUCAGACUCACCGUCCUGGUCCAACCUUACCCUGUUUGUCCUCUCUCACUGUCAUUCAAUGUUCUGACGUCAUUCAGCUGACUGAAGAGAGAGACAAAGAGAGAGUUGAAAAAGAGGAGCAAACUCUCCUCACGUCUCCGUUCCUCUGCUCUUAAUCUGAGGUGCACGCCUCUGCUCUGUAAGUGGUCCGACCCACAGAGCUUGACUUUGACACUGCAGGACAAACAGUAAGGUAAAGAGAGGGGUGCAAAGGAAAGGGAAUCUUCUCAAAGCAGAGUGUGGAGAUUAUAAAAAAAAAUAAUGACAGUUUCCCUUACAGCGCCAAAUGUGAAAGGUCUCCCUCCACCAUUUUGUUCACCGUUUUGACACCAUGGAUCUUUGAGUGUGAAAUUUAAUUUCUGCUUUUAUUUUUUUGUGCCAGUGGCAUCCAGCAGACAAAAAUGUGCUUUACUUUGGAUUUCAGAUGAGACUAAAACUGUUGUAGCCGUGCCAGAGGGCAGUGACUCUCAAUGAAUCAUGCAGUGUGUGUAUGUGAUUGUGUGUAAGUGUGAAUGUGAGUGGCCACGACAACCCCAACCAGUGUCCUGUCUUAACUGUGAAGUAUAACUAUAUAACUGAAGUUUCUGUACGGAGGAGGUUGGGUGUUAACAUUAUUUUCCCUUUUUAUAAACAAUCACAAGGAUUUUCUUAUGUGUCUCUUUGUGUUUACCAAUCAGAGGUUUGGGCGGUUGACCAGUUGCUAGGGAAGGGUUGAGACUCCCAUUAUAGUUUUUGUGAUUCCCAGUACCUCAGAAGCAGCGCUGGACAGAGCCAUCAUGACAUGAAAGAAAGCAAUAAUAAGCAGGAAACAGAAGGAAGAAGAUAAAUCCAAUUUAAUUUGAUAUUUUGUAAUGUAACUGUUUCUCAGCAAAGCAAACAGAAGUUUAGAGAUGUCCGGAGAUGCAGGGCGCUGGGAAAAGGAACAAUAUCGCCCCUCCAUUCUUCCCUCCCUAGCUGCCUCUCAGUAUGCCUGGGUCUGUCUGACCUGACCUGAGGCCCCCAUGGGCUCCUCAGUCCAUUUGGAGGAGGGAAUGUGAGCUGUGGCUGUCUGGCUGUCUGACUGGGGCUGUGAGGCCCGGCCGCUUGGGAGCUCCAUUCAGCCUCUUCUGCCCGACACUGAGCCUCUUUGUGCCCCAGAAGCAGGAGGAGACUGCAGCAACAAAUAGCCGUUAAGAGUCAGGGACCUAGCCCAGCUCCACAGCCUAGCAGAAUAUCAAUGAGGAGGACAGCAGCUCCAUCCGUCAUGUGAGAUGUACCAACCAGGACCGGGCAUCUCUUGUGCUUCACCCGCUCUGGUGAUUCACUGGUUUGCCAGUACAAGGGAGGAGCUGAGGGCUGGAGCUGGGGCCGAGGCCAGGGUUGGGGCACUGCUUACUGUCACAAUGGUCAUCCCUUGCGACUUCAUCCCUUUCAGUGUGUUUCCCAACAAAAGCGGGAUAAAGAAAACAGAUGGGCAUGGGUGUACUUGGGUGUGGAGUUUCACUCCGUUGUCUGAUCUUUUGAUGUUUUCUGUUUUUUGUCUGUUCUCAUCCGUUCUUGAUUCAAAUGUAGAUCCAGAGAUAGCUUUAGUUCAUCUGGGUCAUGGUGUGUUAGUAGUGGUGUGUUUUUGUGUCUGUGGGCUUGAGGGUGUGAGUCUCUUUGGGUUUGUGUCCAUGAAUGUGGUACUCAUAUUGAGUACAAAAAACAGCUUUGAUCAGAUUUACUCUCAUUCUCACCCUUCUUCUGUUUUCUCUUUCUCUAUUGAGCCAUUAAUGUUGUGCAGCUACCCUUUGCUUGACAUUCACUAAUCAGUGUCGGAGCCCUGCGUGGGAGCAGUGUGUGCUACUUAAACCAUCACACUUUACACAGAGUAGUAUGGCUAAAAUGUAGAAGAUGGCAUCUGCUUAGUUAGGUACACAGUACACACACACAAGAAAUAUCACAGUGUACAAAAAACUAGGGCUCGGCAUUGAUUGAAAAGUUUAUACCUUUUGGUUUUUGUGACCACAAAUACAAAAUAUGCUUGAAAUAUCCAUGUUAUUCAAUUUAAAGCAUCAGUAAGGAGCUUUAUAGCGUCUUUUAGCUGGUUGUUUAGGUGUGUUUGAUCUCACUGCUCUGAUCAGUGUUGUUAUCAGCCUCAGCUAUCAGCUGGUUUUCACUCUACACGUCUUGGUUGGCACCAAACAGCAGACCAUUAAAGUUAGUGACUAGCUGAUCAGCUGGUGAACAUGGUUAAAGGGAUACUUUGCCAAUUCUCAACCAGCUUUGUAUCAUACUGUAACAGUAGGGGUAUUAUGUGCAAAUGAACUAUGGUAAACUUCCCUCCCAUCUUACCAGUGCCCAGAUCCCCAUGCUCAUCACCCAGCUCUAGGGCUGUUGCUCAAAUUGCAGACUGUACUUCCUCAUUUUCGUAUGCCCACCACCACAAAUACAAAGAGUAUAGAAGAGGAUCGAGAGAGAAAAAGACCCAAUCCCCUCUCUCUUGCUCUCAAAUGCAGACCAAACUCAGAUCAAACUGUCAAACUAGGCAGUGCUGAUCAAAAAUGAACCAAGAUUCUGUUACUGUAUUGCCUAUUUCUCGCCUAAAUGUCUUCAGAAAAACAUUUUAGUGCUCUGUUUGGCUGUAAUAUGAGAAUUCUUGAACAGUAAGUGUUCGCCAUACUGUUUCCUGUAUUGUUAAAAUGGAGGCUGAAAACACUUCGAUCAGACGCUUAUCAAAUGUUCUGUUUAAACUGUUUAACUGUUAUUUGAGAUCAUUUGUUACCAGCUGGUCGCCAUAUUGUUUCCUGUGUUAAAAUGGACAAGCUCGUUACCAGCAGGAGCAUUUAUUGGUCCAGUGCGGUGCAGUGCAUUCUCAUAGUUGUAGUACCAAUAUCAAAAGUAUUUGUGUCUUUCAACAUCAUACACAGCCAAAUUUUAUAAAAAAGACCAUCUGUCCAGCAGUGAAAUACUUUAAAAAUGUUGCAGCUAAAGAGCCAGGUAUUUCCCUCAGGGGUUGGUGGAGACCAAAAACAGAACUAAAAGAGAGUGAAUACUGAACUUCACCUCAGAAGGUGAUAAUAUGUCAGUGUUGUCUGUACACUUUGUUUCUGCUGCCAACAAGUGGCCUAAAAUCAGUAACUGAAUGUUUAAUGUAAAGAUACUAAGGCUGGGUUUUGUUUGUAAUGCUUCAAUAUUUAGACCAAUACAUAGUGGAGAACACUUUUAUCGUUUUUUCUCCAAAUCCUAUUUUCCACUUAAGAACAAAAGCUAAAGUAGUGACAAUGUAUAAACACAAGCAACCACAUGAGAACUUCCUCUGGAAAAAAGGCUGUCAACAUUUCAAUUUAAAUCAAGGACUGUUUGAUCAUAAAAAAGUAAACAAGAUUGUAAAUCAGACCAAAUAUUUAACAGCUGACAGUUUUCAACACUCAGUGCCACAAACACAUUUCUGCUGGUACCAAAACAGCAGCAAUGUUCAGUACCCAGCCAGAGCUGGAGCUACUGCAUGAGACAAGCCAGUGAAAGAGAUUUAUGAAAACAAGGACAGAGGAGGAGGUCAUGCGGGCGAACAUGAUGUUACUGCAUUACCGCCUCAGCACAUUAGUACAGUGUAUUCUUUACACAUUCCGCCCUGAAACAGGUCAUUAGUAUUGAGAAUACGGAGCCCUCCACCAGCCCGGCCCCUCAUCUCUGCCUCUCUUUAUCUCUCUCUGUCUCCAUCUCUGCUGUGACCUGAGUGCCGCGUGUGUCUCUGUGUAUGUGUGUGAAUGAGGCCUCACUGUCUCGGCCGGCUUGCCCAGCCAGCCGUGUCCUCGCUCUGCAUCUCCUCCGGUGUUUCACUAAACAUGCUUGAUUAGGCAAAGUACAUUCCCGGCCCUCUAAUGGCCUGAUGAGCCCUUGAGAAGAUUACUACAGACACAUCAGCCCUGAGAGGGAGGUGCACGUUCAACCAGCUCUUUACCCCCUUUACUAACCACCAGCCACACACACACACUCAACGCGCACACACGAAUACAGUCGGCCCUUUAACCAAAUUCGGGAUGCAAUUGAAUUAAGAUCAGAAACAGAGCUCAGGCUUGAAAUAGGGCCGUCACUGACUGGUUCUAGGAAGAGUACUGUACAUGAUGUUAUCUUACUGACGGCAUAAUUUGAUUACGUUAGUUCAACAUUACAGGGCAGCUAAAGAAUUCAGGUGUAACCUCGUAGAAGUCGCUCUGUUUAUUAAAGCCAUCAUCCUCCCUCUUCCUCACAUACUUCAUGUCAUUCCCGUCCCUCGUCUUUCAACAGCUGCACUUUGUCUUCUUCUUUCAAGUCCAUUUUUAUUGCCAGCAGACUCAUAGUAUCUCUCUGCACACACACACACACACACACACACAAAUUAUCUCUAGCGAAUGUAAGCCCAGGCUGCACUUUCAUCCUGUUUGUCACUAUUAAAGGUUAGCUUGUUAAUUUAAUGAGUCGGUGACAGAAACAGAAAUCAAAGUAAUUCACAAAAUCCCGCUUUAUUUCACAUCAAAUCCUUAAUGUGUUACUUUUUUUUCAGACAUUUUCAAAGCCUCUCAUGCGGUAAAUUGCUUUCCUUUGCUUGGAAAUGAUUUUGUUUGGAGUUUUUUUUUUUGUUAAAUGUAGCACAUAUUGCCUCUAGUCCUACACACACGCGCACACACACACACACACACACACAC